CCAGCAGUUUGUGGAAAAUGCAGCAAGUACUCGCGGUUUUUGCAGGACAUCGGUCCAACUUGAAGUUGUCACAAAUUUCUUCUCUGCAGUUGAUUGUAGACUGAUUAUCUAGGCUUCUACUCGUGAUUAACCAUCGGAAAGGUUUGAGCAGCUGUUUAGAAUUUUUUGGCAAACAAGGAGACAGAGUGUGAUACUGAGCAUCUCCAGUGCUUGGUUUGAAGAGUGUUCCAAGAGUUUCGUGGACCGGAUCGAGGAAAAAUGGAUUUCCCUCUGUUUCAGAUUUUGAGCUUCCCUGACGAGCUGGAGAAAUCGUUGAACCCGCAGUCGCAAAAAAUAGUGCGCGACAAAAUUAUUUCAGUGGUUUAUCUUUAUAACUGUGAGACUUAUUUUAAGCUCGGAAGGAAGACAGAUUGUGUUCCACAAUAAUCCGAGACUCCAUGUACGAGACUGGAGUGCUAAUUGAUAGAAAAUGCAUCUUUCUGAGCAUAUAUGAAGUUUCAACACAUGGUACAAAUGGAGAAUGAUAAUGUCCUCGUCAUUGGUGGCACACGAAAACGUGAGGAGACAGAUCCUCAAGUGAAAUGUAUCCGAAUGGAGCGAAACUCCGGCACAUUUAUGCGCAAAUUCACGCUUCCUCAGAAUUCUAAUUUGGACAAGAUCACUGCUUCCUGCGUUGAUGGCGUGCUCACACUUAUAGUUGCUAAGAUUCCUCCACCAGAACCUGCAAAGCCAAGGACUAUUGAGGUGACCACGGGAAGAAAUUAAAACCAGAAUAUGAAGUCUCGUUGGUGACGUCACAUAGGGCGUUUAUUUGCCUCAUUAUCGUCUCAUGGCGCAGUUUAGAAACGAUAUCACAGACCUGUCUGAAGACCAAGCUCUCUUCGAAUGCCAAAUCAUGUCGGUCUUGUCAUGUCACAAGCAUAAUCCACCCAACAUGGCAACAAAGUAAUUUACCUUGUCGUUGCCUACCUGUCUGAAGGUGAACAAAAUGUCGACAAAUAUAGUAAGAGACUAUAAUUUGGGUUCACAGGGAGAAGGUAAAUUAGUUCAUGUGUGGAGGGGCACUUGCUUCUGCCAUUGCGAGUUGAUGCAUCUCUGUUAGAGAGUCUGAAAGAUCCUCACAGUGGAGCUCGCCAGGGUCCCGCAGCCCGCAGAGCAGGGGGGCCACGAGUACCAGCCACCCUCCCCUGCGCACCACUCCCAUGGGGAAUCAAUUUUGAAUCCUUGUUUAUUAAAUAUCCGUGUUGAAGAAAAAAUUGACGAGUUAAUUUUUUGAGUUGUAGAAGUUCUUCCUGGAAACAAAAGUGUCAUGUACUUUCAGUGCUGUUAUAUACGAAAAAUAUUCUUUGAAGCAA